AUGUCAACCAUGGAUCUCAUCUCACCAAACAACCUCAUCCCAUCUCAAGAAACCAACCCCUCCCUCCCCCUGGAGAUCCAAGUCAUGAUCUUCAAACUCAUGAUCCCCCCGGGCCGCGUUAUCCGCCUCUCCUUCCCCCAAACCCCCUCCAACACCACACAAGACCCCUCCAUCCCCAUCAUCCGCGACACAGCCCGUGUCCAAAUCCCAGUCCUCUUCCACAUCAGCCGCACCUCGCGGGCCCUCGCAAAAGAAACCUUCCUCCUAGGUUUCGGCCGCGAACCCUCCCCUCUGGACAGGAACUACUGGAAUCCCCUACGGGACACGAUUUACCUCCCGCCCUUCGACCCUCACGAACGGGAUACGCUCGAGCACUUCUACCUCUACAACAUGUUACCAGAAGAGGGACACGAGGGAGCAGUUCUCAGGCAGAAGUUCUACCAGGAGAAGAUCAAGGGUGAGAGGGUUCGGACACUGGCGCUGGAUAGGAUCCGUCACCUUGCUAUCCCAUUCCCGGAUAACUCGUGUAAUGAUGCACUUCUCUACGACCGCGACAUCUUCGUCCGGAACCUCCUCUUGGAGCCGAGAGAUCGCUUCAACGACCCACUGCCCUAUCCCGAGCGGGCCUACUCGAUUGGCAAGCUCAAUUUCGGCGCAGACCGUACACUGCUUGGUGGAUGUGCGAAUCUGGAGACUCUCCACUUCGUGGCGGAUGAUAGUAUGUUCGCGGGCAAAUGCAGGAUGUCAAGCCCAAAGAUUAGGAUCCUGGACGUGAAUACGUCGGUGGAUCACAAGUUGUUAAGGCAGACCUUUGCGCUCAACUGGGACUCGGGGGAGAUUGAGGACUUGGAGACGCAUCGACAGUUUUUGGGGUCGUUUGAAACGUAUAUUGAGGCCGUUCAGGGGAUCGAUUGUGAUUUUGCGAGGUGGAAGGUUCCAGAGAUGGGGGUGGGGGUUUUGGAGUUUGAGAAGGAGAGGGUUGGGGAUUUUUGUACGUUGCCGAAGGGGAGGGAGGGUGAUGCCUCGGGGGAGGAGGAGGAAGAGGAAGAGGAAGAGGAGGAAACGGAUUAUGAUUCUGACUACUUGACUGAUGAUAGUAUAGAUUAG